AUGCUGAUUCUCUCUCCAGAUGUACUAGGUCCUGCAAGGAUACAGCAAUUGCAAAGCUACAGGCUCUUUCACGACUGCUUUAUCUUCUUUACAGAUGUCUCUCCAAUUGUGGCAGGCCUCAUUGGUGCUACAGUCCUUGUGGUUUCUGUCUCAGUAACAGUUUUUGUGUGGACAUGCUGUCACCAGCAAGCAGAGAAAAAGCACAAAACUCCACCCUACAAAUUUAUUCACAUGUUGAAAGGCAUCAGUAUCUAUCCAGAGACCUUGAGUAACAAGAAGAAAAUUAACCGAAUCCGGAGAGACAAGAACGGCACUCCUAAGGAGCCUGGAAGGGGAAACCUUUUGCUGGAUGCUGCUGAAUCUGGUUUAAUAGGCUCAGAUAAGGCCCCCGAUGGGCCAAAUGCAGCCCUCCAUGUUGAUCAGCUCCCAAUAAAAGUAGAUUACGGAGAUGAACUAAGUCCAGAUCAAAGCCUCACUCCAGGAGGGAGUAAAACUUCCUCCCCAUCUUCUCCAGGGGAGGACGUCAUGUUGGGUGAACUGACUUUCUCAGUGGACUACAACUUCCCUAAAAAAGCACUGGUAGUUACCAUUCAGGAGGCUCAUGGGCUGCCAGUUAUGGAUGAGCACACUCAGAGCUCUGACCCUUACAUCAAGAUGACAAUUCUUCCUGAUAAAAGGCAUCGAGUGAAGACUCGUGUGCUUCGCAAGACUCUAGACCCAGUCUUUGAUGAAACCUUCACCUUCUAUGGGAUCCCCUAUAGCCAGCUCCAGGAUUUGGUGCUUCACUUCCUGGUGCUGAGCUUUGAUCGCUUUUCUCGAGAUGAUGUUAUCGGAGAAGUCAUGGUGCCCCUUGCAGGGGUGGAUCCAAGCACUGGAAAGGUUCAGCUGACCAGAGAGAUCCUCAAAAGGAACAUACAAAAGUGCAUUAGCAGAGGAGAGCUGCAAGUCUCAUUGUCUUAUCAGCCUGUGGCGCAGAGAAUGACUGUUGUGGUGCUGAAAGCCAGGCAUUUGCCAAAGAUGGAUAUCACUGGCCUCUCAGAUCCCUACGUUAAGGUGAAUGUUUACUAUGGGAGAAAGCGUAUAGCAAAAAAGAAGACUCACGUGAAGAAGUGCACUUUGAAUCCAGUCUUCAAUGAAUCCUUCAUUUAUGAUAUUCCCGUUGAUCUCCUUCCUGACAUCAGCAUUGAAUUUCUAGUUAUCGAUUUUGACCGCACCACAAAAAAUGAAGUGGUGGGACGGCUGAUUUUGGGAGCACACAGCAUCACCGCAGGUGGUGUGGAACACUGGCGAGAGGUGUGCGAGAACCCUAGAAAGCCAGUUGCCAAAUGGCACAGCCUGAGCGAAUACUAGCAGAGGCUGCGGCAGCGACAGCUGACUCAUAGAACAGACUUAAACCUUGUUUUAGCUGUAGAACUAAACUUUCGUAACAAGCAGCUGAUUGGUUCUCUAGUGAUGUGAUUUUUGCAGGGCACUAAAAUUCUAAAGAGCAUUAAAUUAAAAAAUACCACAAAUAUAUAUAACAGUGUAAUCACGCUAUUGCAUGCCUAAUACAAACUGAAAUUAGUAUAACUACCAAUAUCAAGUUGCAGAUUUUAAUACAAUUAUCUGUCACUAUGGAAGUUGUGUUUGUGCCGAACUGUCUUUGCUGGUAUUCACCAAAAUUGGCCUCUCUUUAUUAGGCUUCUUCCAAAGUUUCUGAAUUCUGCUGUUUAACCUCUAGUUUCUUGAUAGUUUGCCUGCCCAUUGAUUCUUGCAGUUCUGUUCUUUGCUGGUUUGGGAGUACCAACUGCGUUGCCAUACAGAGAUGGUCUAGAAUUCUGCACUAGUACAAAAGGAAAAUACAGAGGAAAAUGGCUCUUCCUAUCAAAUAAAAAAAUAAUUCUGCAGUCAGGUACUAGAAUAUUUCCAUUUGUGAUAUACUUGUUAUGGAGCUAUAAGGUCACAACAUAAAAAAAAGAUUGGCAACUAAAAUGAAAACACUAAGGAACUGAUCACUUUACUUUUGCCACAUGGAAAUUAGCAGGGGCAUAUCUUACACAGUAUCAGAAUUCAGGAAACUCCAGUCUUUGUUACAUUGUAUUUAACCCUGUCUGUGCAAAAAGGGCUCAAGGGGGGGGGGGAAAAAAAGACCAUAUGUCAUUGAUUGUUAAGGAAAUUCUCACUAGUUCUUUCAAACAUUAAAUUUGAAAUUCUACAUGAUUGGUAAAUUAUAACGGCAUAACAUAUCUGACAUCUGACAAGUACCUUGGGGAGAGAGGUUUUAAGUGAAAAAGUUAAACAUGCCUUUCUUCGUUCAUACUUGAGUCAACUUGUAUUGUAUAUGAUCUUGUAGUUGUGCGAGAGCCAUCUCUCAAAAAGAGUAAAUAGAGGACAAAGUUUUUUACUACAAAAUGUGUCAAACUCUUCAAGAAGUUAAUUUUUAGAAUUUCAAAGCAGUUUGAGCUAGCUCUUAAAUAGUGGAUAUGACUCUUGAGAAUUAGAAUAUGCUUACUGUCACCUUUGAAAUGUAAAAAUAUUACUUGAUAAAUGUGACCUGUAGCACGUCAGGCUAUUAACCCUGAAUAGUCACUAGUUUUGAACAGAAGUUCAUAGAGUGAAGUUCUGCAAAAACAAGAGAAGUUUGGAAGUAGUUGCAUUAGAUCUCACUGUUGAAAUACUAGCCUAAGGAUUUUUUUGUACAAGACAGUAGUAUCUUGACAAGUAAUUUGAUUUGGCUUCUUAUUACAUUCAAACCAGAAAAGAUAUAAGGAUAAUACGUGGCAGCAAAUAAUUAAUUGUAAACAUUGUUGGCAAGCUGAGCAUAAAUAAUUAUAACAAGCUGUAAAAAUGCAAAUUAUUUUUGAACGCUACAAUAGAAAUAUAAAGCAGAACUGAGCUUGCAAAGAGGCACACAGAAGACUGCAAGUUUUCAGUAUGCAUUUAGUUGUUUCCAGGCAGGCAGGCAGUUCUGUGCCCUGUGGAAUGUAAAUAAUGUAUUAUAAGUAAAAAAUUUUUAAGAUCAUUUAACUAUUUACAGGACUUGACUACUGAAUUUUAGAGCCCUGUUGGAAAAAUGAUCCUUUCCACCUUCUUGCUAAUGAAAGUAGAAUAAUUGAACAAGUCUUACUCAGUUUCCUUUCCAACCACAACGUAAAGCAACUCUUGCUGGGAGGGCUCUUCAUGCAAACGGUCAGCACUUUGUUAGUAACAUUUUGGCAUCUCUUCCUAAGAAAUUAUUUUUGGAAAGUUGAAUUUUCUCACUUCUAGCUAAUUACUCAUUGGAACUUCAAGGCAGAGUGUCUUUUUAGCAACAGAAGUUGCAUUGAAGCUGAAGCCCUAUUUCUCAGCCUUGCAGUGCAAACUGAAGUGUGGACUUCCACUUGUGCUUUACUGAUCCUGAUUAUGAGGACUUCUGCCUGAGGUUACAGUAGAUUUUAUCUUUGUCUUAAAUCCAUUAUCGCUCACGCUCUGUUAGUGGCUCUCAGCCACAAACCAGAGAACAAAUUUUCCCUUGGAAACUGGUGUAGAUCUAUUUCAAUCCUGAUUUUUGCACUAAGCAAUCUUAUUGCUCAAGUUCAGGAACUGUCACUAUUUUUCCUUAGAAUCAUGUUUUCCAACAUCACUCCAAACAUUUAAAUAGAACGUACUAACAAAAAAAAGUUCCCUUUUUCCUUCAGUGUGAAAAGUAUGCUUAAGCCUAGAUGGUCUCCUCAAGAUUCCUUUAGUUUAAAAGGAAAGAUGAACUUCUUGUCAAGGAAACGUGCUCAGGGUAAAUAGACUUAGGCUAUUGGGCAGACAUGAGUAGCUCCAACACUCUUCUGGAAUAAUGGGAAACUGAAGAUGUGCAGAUUUUUUUUUUUUUUCCAAAUGUAAAAUAGACAGUAAGUGACAGCGGACUCACUGUAAAAUCUCCCAGAUGUGGUUAUUCUUUACCUUGUGUCUUCUAUUGUAAAAUUAACUUGGACAGUUACAACUUUGUGUGAAAAAAGAAAAAAGGCAAAAAAACUAACUCAAAAUGUGUGAAACUGCAUAAUGCUGUAUGCUAAUCUACAUUAUGUAAUGCUAUCUUGUAUGUUGAAUUUGUUAACGCACAUUGAGCGUGCAAAUAAAAAUUAAAUCACUUUAAAUAGC